CUCCCAGAAUACCCUGCACCAAGGGGUGCCUGCAGGGGUGUGUCCAACGGUGCCAAACGGCUGGACGUUGCACAAUCCGGAGGCUGCGGCCGGCUUGGCUUUCUUUCAGUUUCCUGCUUCCUGGAACGGAGGCUGCUUCUGAGAAACGGUGUUUCAAGGAGGCCGAGGGGUUCUUUUCCGAGUGUUUUCCGUCUCCUGCGAGAGAAAAGUGGCUGAGCCCGUGGACCAGGGACCUGCACCCGCGUGAGGGAGGGGCAUGGACAGCCCGGGCGCUGUGGCCGCACACCUGCAGGAGUGCCUGCACCUGCUGCAGCAGCUGGCAGCGGCUCCCGGCGCACCUGGGCGGGAACAGCGUGGGGACGAGGACCCGCCGCACGGAGCUGCACUCCCUGGCGAGCUGUGGACCCUCCUCCAGGAGGCCAAGAACAUGGCGUGGCCCUUCGUGCCCGAGAAGUGGCAGUACAAGCCGGCCGCAGGCCCCGAGGACAAAGCCAACCUGCAGGACCUGGUGGGCGCUGGGCUGCAGCAGCUACUGGUGUCCUUGAAGGCCGCCAUCCUCGACGGGGACGGUGCCACGGCGGCAGCCGUCCUGUUCCUGAGCGACCGGCUCCUCUACGGGCUCGACGCGUCCCGCCCGCUCCUGCGGGUCGCCAAGGCGCUGCACCGGCGGUGGCCCAGCACGCCCCUGGCCCCGCAGCUGGCCAUCCGCCAGGCCCGCGUGGCGCUCAACGCAGGGAAACUGUUAAAAGCCGAGGUCAUCCUGAGCAGUUUGAUCAGCAACAAGGGAGCAACAGGCUCCUGGCUGUACAGACACGAGAGUGACCGGGUCCUGGUGCAGUCCGUCUGCGUGCAGAUCCGAGGGCAGAUCCUGCAGAAGCUGGGGAUGUGGUAUGAAGCAGCAGAGCUAAUCCGGGCCUCGAUUGUGGGGUACCUGACGCUUCCUCAGCCGGACAGGAAGGGCAUCUCCACCUCGCUGGGGAUACUGGCCGACAUCUUCGUGUCCAUGAGCGAGCACGACUACGAGAAGUUCAAAAACAACCCCCACGCGGCCUUGGGCCUGACGCGGGACUGUGCCCACCGCCUGCUGUCGGCCGCCGAAGCCUGCAAGCUGGCCGCCGCCUUCAGCCCCUACACGCCCCUCUUCGUGCUCACGGCCAUGAACAUCCGGGGCACCUGCCUGCUGUCCUACACCAGCGCCAGCGCCUGUCCCCCCGGGAUGCGGGCGGCGUAUCUGGGCGAAGCCAGAGAGGCCUUUGAAAUCGGCCUCCUCACCCGGCACGGGGACGAGCCGGUGCCCGGGAGGCAGGAGCUGCACAGCGUCCUCAGGGCCGCACUCGGCCUCUGCACGGUGCACCGCCGGCUCCACGGGGACACGGGGCCGGGCCGCGCCGCCCGCCGGCUCUGCCGCGAGGCCGUGGGGAGGCUGUACGCCUUCGGCGCGGCGGCCGCAGCCCCGGAACGGGCGGCGCUCUCUGGGGAGAUCAUGCGUGCGAUCGCGCAGGUGAAGGACCUGCUACAGGCUCAGAGCUUCCCGAGUUUGGAAGACGGGGCGUACGUCCCCGCGGGUUUCACGCGCGGGCUGGACAGGCCCCUCCUGCUGGGGCGCGUGGACUUCCAGGCGGUCCUCCAGGCCCACGCCCAGCACCACGCCUCGGUGUGCGGAGUGCUUGAAAGCAUCUGUGGAAACAAGAAAAAUGAACAGAAGGCUCCAGACACGGGCGUCUGCAUCACGGCACUGAGCACGGACACACGGGGCACGGACUCCGUGAGUGCUGAGGGCGGGCCGUGUCUCCAAACAGGCGGGGGGCUGUCUCCCUCCCAGGCGGCUAUGAGGAGUCUGGAGGCGCCCCAGCGGGCGGGGAGGAGGGACUGGAUCCAUUCGGACACGUUCCACGUCUCCCUGGACCCAGACGUGGAGACCAAGGCCGCGUUGCGAGGCCACGGCGGCGGGGACACUGCUCCGAGUGGCAGCGGGAGCUCCAGUCCCUGGAGCAGGCUGUCCGGGCGCAGCUCCUCCUCCAGCUGGGAGGAGGUGGACGCCCACGUGGACAACAGGUCACCCCGCCGAGCGCCCGGCAGGGAACGCCCCGUGGACACUCGGGGGCCCGCUGCUGGGGCGGGAGAGCCGGGCAGCCGUGGGGACAGUGCAGCUGUGCGUGCUCUGUCUUCGGAGCUUCGAGGCCUCUCUUUCCCGACGCCCGAGGAUGGCCCUUCCGGGUCCUCUCCCAGUCACACGCCCUCGGCCGCCUGCCCUCCUGGGAGCACCGUAGGCGCUCACGUGGCCCCCGGGGCCGGGCUGGAGGAGGGAGGCCCAGAGGCAAGGCAGGCAGGCAGAGCCACAGGCCCUGGAGGCACCUCUGCCCACCCCAGGCCCUCACUGGGGUCUGCGUCUGGGUCUUCUGGUUCCUGUGGGCCCCAGAGCGCGGCCACACAGCCUUCGUUCCAAGCAGAGGAGACCUUGGAGGUAACGGACGAGUUUCCAGCGGUCGGUGGCGAUGCCGCACACAGGUCUGGAGAGGAGCCGGGAGCAGGACGCACACCAGGAGCAGGCCCUGCGUUUAAAGGGAGCCCCUCCAGGGGGGCCCCAGAAGAAGCCGUCGAAUCCCACGGAGUCCUGGGCGAUUCUCUGGGCGCAAGCCCCGCGAUGGCGGGUCACCCUGCCGUGUCGCUGUGGCCCGUUCAAUAUCCCGAGUCAGGACACAGCGGGGGCCCCGUCCAAGAGGAGGAGGUGGACCCCGAUGCCUCCACCGUGGACGAGGGGGGGCAGCUGCUGCACCCCACCGGGCCGCGGGGCUGCCCCAGGCCGUGCGCUCCGAGGCCGCCCCCUGCCUCCGGGAGCCAGGAGGCCUGCACCACCACGGAGGAGGGGAACCAGCCCGUCCAGCUCAGCCUCAGCGGCAGCGGCAGCUCUGGCUCCUCCUGGGGGAGCUGGGGGAGGCUGCCCACUGCGUCCAGAGGGUCCUCCGAGGGGGGCGAGCCCUGGUCCUUCCUGAACUCCAGCGGGAGUUCCUUCGGGUCGUUGGCAGGAGAGACGCGGCAGGAGACGCUCGAGGCUCGCACACUGCAGCCCCAUGACCUGGAACAGCUCCUGGCAGGCGUGACGCAUGACUGGCUGCUCCAGAGGCUGGAGGGCACAGGGGUGUUCAGGCCCAGCCGCCUGCACCAGGCGUAUGAUGCUCUUUUGUUGAAAUAUUCCAAGAAGUCGGAGCUGUGGACGGCCCAGGAGACUGCUGUGUACCUGGGGGACUACCUGGAGGUGACGAAGAAGGGCAGACAGAGAAACGCCUUUUGGGUUCAUUAUCUCCAUCAAGAAGAAACGCUGGGAAGGUACGUUGGGAAGGCGUAUAAGGAGCCGAAGGCGCUGUGGCUGCACUUCUCCGACGUGGAGCGCCAGGCGACCGCCCAGCACUACGUGACGGAAUUCAACAAGCGACUUUAUGAGCAACAGAUCCCAACCCAGAUCUUCUACGUCCCCUCCGCGGUGCUGCUGAUUUUAGAGGACGAGACGAUAAAAGGGUGUGUCAGUGUGGAGCCUUACAUACUGGGGGAGUUUGUGAAAUUAUCCAAUAACACGCAGGUGGUGAAGACCGAGUACAAAGCCACCGAAUACGGCUUGGCUUACGGCCACUUUUCUUACGAGUUUUCCAACCACAGGGAUGUAGUGGUAGAUUUACAAGGCUGGGUGACCCGUGACGGGAAGGGGCUGCUCUACCUGACGGACCCCCAGAUCCACUCGCUGGGCUGCAGAGAGGUCACCACCAACUUCGGGAGCCGGGGUAUCGCCUACUUCUUCAACCACCAGCACGCGCGGUGCAACGAUAUCUGCCGGCGUCUCUCCCUGACCAGACCGCCUGCGGAGACGCGGAACCACUCGUAGGCUUUCUGGGGAUGCGGCAGCCUCCAGAGCUGCUCAUGGGGGCCAGGCCCCCCCCUCCAGGUGCGCAGGGGUUAGCGCAGCCUGGUCCCGGGGACUGGGGGCCUGGGGCAGGGCUGGCCAAGGAUGGCGAGAGGAACCGAUGAGUCCAUUUCAGGCUCACACUUGGACCCGUGCCAGACCCUGGGGUCUCUCUCCCUCUUCCACUUACCCCUCUCAGCCAUCUCCCCCAAUAAAUGUCUGCACGUCUACCCCCUUCUUGGUAUUUGCUUCUUAAGAACCCAAACUGACACGUUUAUUAAAGAAAUGGGGGGAAAUCAUCU